GCUUUAGGGGGGUGUUGAUGGAUCAGCCCCUGACAUCAGGCAGGUGAAGCGUGUCGGUCUAGUUGUUUGUGUCUAGGCACUGACACAAGUGUGUGAUAAUGACACCAGGUGGUGGUGUGAUUAUGGAUUUGGCCUUUAGUUCCAGGAAAUAUACCUGAAGAGCAUCAGUGUAUGACCAGUUGUUUAUAUGACUUUUUUAAAUUGUAGUAAUUUACGGCUUUUUAAAUUUAAUGCCUGCUAAGCACAUUUCUGUAAUUGUUUAAUAAUAUUAAUACAUGUAUACAGAAUGCAAAACUCUUAAAGAUGGAUAACAUCUCCUGUUCUGCAUUUGUCUGCUUGUGUAAGUCUGUUGUACUACUCUGUAAUGGUACCCUGUUCAUCACUUGUGUAUUUGUUACCUGAUGCCAUUUUGGUUGUGUACUUUUUCUAUCCGUGAAAAGGAAGUCAUUUUAUUCUGCAAGCCCUGAAGAGAUCUGGAGUCUGUUCCAAGUACAGUAAUGUAAGGGCAUUGGUUGCUAGUCAGUCUCCUGUGAUCUAGCCAGCUGCAUUUCUUUAAUUAUUUUGAUAGUUACAGUCCUUGUAUAAAUGGCUUGAAGCAAAAUAUUUGCAGCAUCUUGUGGCUGAUGUCACCUUAUUUUCUCUAGCAUGGUGUUGUUGUCAGACUUGUCUAUGACAAAGUGACUUGAUGGAAAUCAGUUUAAAACUUAUGCAGCAUUAGUGGGUAGAUCCUGCCCCAGUAGGUUGGUAUAAGGGCUCCAUUAGUAUCACUACUGCACUCACGUUUGUACAUUAUGGGCUGUUUAGAGACGUCAUUUAGCCUAACCAGGGUGACAUGGGGAAAGGAUUUUAACCCUCCCACCCCUGAAGGUUUCAGGCAGCAGUGCUACCAGCUGAGUCACCGUGCUCCCUAGUUCAGCAUCAGGUGUAUAAAAUCUGCUGCUGUUACAUUUCGUACCACUCGAAGCAGUCGUUGGGCAGGUUUAUAUUACUGUUCCUGAGCUAGGCAGUAAAUUCCCCAAGGUCAGUUAACGGUAUCAUGGGAAACGUGUUAUUUUGAUCUGUCAUGCGCAAAUACUAAACUAGACGAGGGCAAUCUAGGUUAGAUGACAUCCACUUCUGGUGUAGCAGAGCCAGACUAGGACGUUAUUUCACAAAGCCACGCUGGCUAUCUUACUGGCUGAUUCAGUUGUCAGUCAAGCUCUAAUUCAAAAAUUUCCAGCACUCCCAAUACGUUUUAAUUGCAGCAUGACUGGCUCUUGAAAUACUGGGUCCAGGCGUGACGCUCUCUGUAGCAGUGUUUGUCAUUUAGGUAUUACCUGGGUGCAACAAGUAGCCUUGAAAUGAAUUCAAGGGCUUUUCACUAUAGGAAUGUUGCUCUUUAAAUUACAUUUGGAGAUGGUAAGCACGAAUAAGGGAUUAAGGUGAUGUCGAUAUAUGGAUGGCUUAUCCUGUACAUGUGACGUCAGACCCAACACCCCCAGCUCUCCGGAGCCAUGGGCCGGAUGAGAGUGUCCCCGAUGCCCGGUACUUCAGCGUGAUGUGGUGCAAGGCUUCCAAGAAGAAACACAAACGCUGGGAGGGCGACGCGGUACUGGUGGCCCAUGGCAGAACCGUGCUGCUGAAGGACAUGGAGGGCAAGGACAUCGGCAGAGGAUCUGGCUACAAGUGCUCCGAGCUGGAGACCCUGAUGGAGGGCCAGACGCUCAUGGUGGGCGGUAAGGAGGUGGAGGUGAUGGCUGCCAUCUCCCCAGAGGAGUUCCACAGCGGCCGCUGCUUCCAAGAGACCCGGGCGGAGGUCCCUGAGCAGGCAGCGCCCGCCCUGCCGACCCAGAAGCCCCUCCCCAGGCCCUUCACCAGACCCGGGUCAAAGGGCGUGGCCUUGGGUGCGGAGGGACCCGUUUGUCACCCACGACACGACCCUCUGGCUCCAGGAGCCCUGGUUCUGCCGCGGCCUACAGAGAACCACCAGUGGGCCUUCAACAACGCUGGGCUGCCCGUGGUGGACGUGGUGGUGGACCCCUACCUCACCGCCCGUCUCAGGCCGCACCAGAGGGAGGGUGUGAUCUUCCUGUAUGAGUGCAUCAUGGGGAUGAGGGCGUCUUGUCGGCACGGCGCCAUCCUGGCAGACGAGAUGGGCUUGGGCAAGACGCUGCAGUGCAUCGCGCUGGUGUGGACGCUGCUACGCCAGGGGCCCUACGGGGGGCGCCCCGUAGUCCGCCGUGCCCUGAUCGUCACCCCCGGAAGCCUGGUGAAGAACUGGGCGGCCGAGUUCAAUAAGUGGCUGGGGAAGGAGAGGAUCACGGUGUUCACUGUGGAUCAGGAUCACAAAGUAGAGGAUUUUGCAGCAUCUCCGCGGUCUGCAGUGCUGGUCAUCAGCUACGAGAUGCUGCUGCGCUCGGCGGAGCGGGUGGCGCAGCUGGACUUCGGCGUCCUCAUCUGUGACGAGGGCCACCGGCUGAAGAACAGCGGCAUCAAGACAUCGGCGGCGCUCAGCGGCCUGAGCUGCGUCCGCAGAGUCAUCCUCACGGGCACUCCGGUACAGAACGACCUACAGGAGUUCUACGCGAUCAUCGAGUUUGUGAACCCCGGCAUCCUGGGCUCGUCCUCGGCCUACCGGAAGGUGUACGAGGAGCCUAUCAUCAGGUCCCGCCAGCCUUGUGCUUCUGAGGAGGAGCGGUGCCUGGGUGUGGAGCGAGCCGCCGAACUGGGCCGCCUCACAGGCCUCUUCAUCCUACGCAGGACCCAGGAGAUCAUCAACCAUUACCUGCCUCCCAAACUAGAGUGGACCGUCUUCUGCAAGCCGGCGGCCCUGCAGCUGGAGGUGUACCGCAAGCUGCUGGCGCACCGUAUGGUACGCUCCUGCCUCCAGGGGGCACUGGAAAACAGCCCACACCUUGUCUGCAUCGGGGCAUUGAAGAAACUCUGUAACCACCCGGGCUUGCUCUAUGCCAGCAUCCAGGAGAAAGGUGACGUCUACACUGAGGACUCCAGCCCAGCAGAGACCUCCCUCUACCGGGGCCUGGGUGACCUCUUUCCACAUGCCUAUACCUCAGGGGACUUCAACACCGCAGACUCGGGCAAACUGCUGGUGCUGGUGGACCUGCUGGCGGGCGUGAAGCACCUCAGCCCCUCUGACAGGGUGGUCCUGGUGUCCAACUACACCCAGACGUUGAACCUUCUGCAGGACCUGUGCACCCACCUGGGCUACAGCUGCUGCAGGCUAGACGGACAGACGCCUGUCUCCCAGCGGCAGAAGCUGGUCGACCGUUUCAACGGCCAGUUCUCCACAGACUUCAUCUUCCUGCUCAGCUCUAAGGCCGGGGGUGUGGGCCUCAACCUGGUGGGGGCCUCUCACCUCAUCCUGUAUGACAUUGACUGGAAUCCAGCCAAUGAUAUUCAGGCGAUGGCGCGGGUUUGGCGGGAUGGGCAGAGGAAGACCGUCCACAUUUAUCGCCUCCUUACCACAGGGACUAUCGAGGAGAAGAUUUACCAGAGGCAGGUGAGUAAGCAGGGCCUGUCAGGCACCGUGGUGGAUGCCUCCAAGCGGGCGGAGCACAGCAGCUUCUCCGUGGAGGAGCUACGUGACCUGUUCACGCUUCACGAAGACUCGCACUGCGUGACACACAACCUGCUGGGAUGCGGCUGCUCCGGGGACGGCAGGGUGCCGGGCAGGCCAGUUGAGGAGGAGCUCACUGAGUGGAGGCCAUGCCAGCUGGGCCAGUGCAGUGGCAGGUCCGGAGCCGCCAAGCACCUCAGCAUGUCGGAGCUGAUGCAGUGGGCACACCACUCGGGGGAGAGCCCCUCUUUCUCAGAUGCCUUCCUGGAUCGGGCGCGGGAACAUGUGACGUUUGCUUUCCGCAGCACCGCCUCGAACCCACAGCCCCAGCCCGACUGAGUGCCUCUGAUCGAACUGACUGAGCUGCACUGGCAAAAAGAAGGAAAUGUGUAACUGAUAUUUUUUAGUAAUUUUUAAUACUGUAUCUAUCAUAGGUUUAAUUUAUACACAGUAAUACUUAAUUGUUGGAUGUGGUUUAAUAUCUGUAUAUAUGCAGUUCCUUUAAAUAAACUUGCUCCAAGUA